AUGUGCGGGGAUAUUUGUCCACAGGGAGCUCGACCAUUGUUCAAUCACGUCGUCUCGCUGUGUACACAUUGGCCGCAGUCACUGCGUCUCGCCGUUGGUGCGGAGGUCCGCAGCGCCGCCAGUGGCGGGAGUGGGGGGAGCAGGGGGGAGCGGUUGCCAUGGCGCGGGGGGGGGGGGCGCGUCGCCAGGGCGGGUCACGUGACAGCGGCUUCACCAUGGCGGCGCGUGGCGGAGAAUCUGUCGUUGGAGAGAGAUGUCGCCAGGGCCAUCGAGCUGCUGGAGAAGUUACAGCGAAGUGGCAACGUCCCACCGCAGAAGCUGCAGACCUUGCAGCGAGUUCUUCAGAGCAAGUUCUGCUCCGCUAUCCGAGAGGUGUAUGAACAGCUGUACGAGACACUUGACAUCAGUGGCAGCCCCGAGAUCAGAGCUCAUGCGACAGCCAAGGCGACGGUGGCAGCGUUUGCAGCCAGUGAGGGGCACGCUCACCCUCGCGUUGUGGAACUUCCCAAGACCGACGAGGGGCUCGGCUUCAACAUCAUGGGCGGGAAGGAACAGAACUCCCCCAUCUACAUCUCCCGGAUCAUUCCCGGAGGAGUCGCUGACAGACACGGGGGACUGAAACGUGGAGAUCAGCUUCUCUCCGUUAAUGGAGUGAGCGUGGAGGGGGAGCAGCACGAGAAGGCAGUGGAGCUGCUGAAGGCGGCACAGGGCACAGUGAAGCUGGUGGUGCGUUACACGCCCAAGGUGCUAGAGGAGAUGGAGGCUCGCUUUGAGAAGAUGAGGACAGCUCGGCGCAGGCAGCAACACACCAGCUACUCGUCGCUGGAAUCAAGAGGAUAGCCACCCCGAGUUCCUGUUUCCAGAGGCGGGCCUGCUACCAAGCAUGUGACAGCUGUUGUGCGUGUAGCCAAGUGGCCCCAAACUUUAGGUCUGACCAUGAAAAACGACGCGCUUAAUUACACUGUUCAGAGGUAUCAUCUUUUCAUGCGUAUGUUGUUGGGAGAGAUUUGUGGGGUUGGUGGAGAUGUGUGGUGGGUGAUGCAGUGCAGUACUGUGAUCGUGGUGUGGCUGAGCAAACGUCAGGGACAUUUCUUGUUUAAGGUGAUACCCCUUUACAUAUCAUGAGCUUACAAAGGGCUGGAAUGCCCAGCUGGCAAAGGUGUUUACUCCUAGUUCUUGUGAAUUGACCGACAUGUUUUCACCACUUCUCUCCUUUCCCUGCGAUCAAUGGCUUCUUUCAUUCCGAGGCUUGAGGUAACAUUUAAACGCCAUGAUUUGAGUUCUUCAUUCAUUAAUAAGAAUUCCACUGGCAAAGGUGUUUGGUUGGAUGAGAGAUCUGUUUAGGAUGAGGGCCACAAGUUUACAUUUAACAUUUAUAUUUUAAGACAUUUCUAUUUAGCAAGCAAACGAGGUUUAUGUUUGUUCGACUUGAGGUUUUGUUCCUCUCAGUAUGAAUUUGGCUUUGUUUGAUGGGAUAGGGUCGGGUAAACAUGCACCGGACCCCGUUAUCUGAGAGAUUUGUUACCUAUUGAAAUUGCAGAGGCAUUAUUUAAUAAUUUGGAACUCUGAAGAAAAUUGCAUCUAUUUGUGGAAAAGCAUUAAAUGCGAAACGACUGAGGUUGAUUUAUGAUUCAGGUUCUGCCACGGAUUGUUCCAUUCCCAAUAGAAUUCCGUCUCCUCCCCCACUCCUCCCCCCAGUCCUCCAACAAGAAAUAUCUGGCAAACAAUUGUAUAACAGCACUAAUUAUUUUUGUCUUUGUGUAAGCAACUGACUGCAGUUUACCUGAAAAAAGCAUUGAUCUGAUGUGAACCUGGUUCCUUCUGGGCAGAUGGUGUCAGCCUGUAAAGUUGUGCCGUUGUAUCCUGGCUCAGACCCUGGUUCGAACCCUGACCCACAGACUACGUUGUCCUAAUGGGUUACAUAUGUUGAAGCCUCUCCUUAGCUGACUUUCUCGUGGUUCAGUCUGCCCUCCCGCCCCUCCCUCCUGGAUUUGUUGUAUUCUGGUAAAGAUGUGGACUGCCAUAGUUCAUCAUCCAUCCUUCAAGGUACAGCAAUCACCUUUCCUACCGGGCCCGUUACUGGUUGUGUUGUGAAUGUAGCACCGACCAUUUUCUCACUGGGAUGAGCAGAAUCCUGCCCUGGCUCCCUUCAAUCUCUGCUGUUCUUACUGAAGUAGUUACUGAAGGCCAUUGUGCCCAUCAGGCUAGUACUGUGCCAGUGAUGCUGCCCACCUGGCUGCUUACUGUCACAGUCAGUGCAUCAGGUUCUCAUGGUAGCAGUUGUAUCUGCCCAGCUGAGUGGAACAGAGUGACCAGUAAUUGGUGCACAUCUUCGGGAGAUCUAGGAAUAUUUCUUGUGAGGCAUGUUGUUUAUUAGCAGUAUUUCCUUAAAAUGUACCUCAAACUGUGAAGGAGUUACAAUACAAUAGGAAGAGUCUGUUCAUGUGAUUCAGAUUCAGAUUCAGAUUCAAUUUUAAUUGAUAGGAGCAGAAUUAGGUCAUUUGGGUCAUUUAGGUCAUUUGCCUCUUCAAGUCUACAGCGCCAUUCAAUCAUGGCUGAUCUAUCUUUCCUUCUCCCCAUAACCACUGACACCCUGACAGUUUUGUUUCAGUACCUGGAAGUCCUGUGCUACUGUCCAUGGUGGCUGCUGUGCAGAUUUCUUUACCUCAACAAGAGCAUUCAAUGUUUCCGCAUCAUUCACGAUAUGGUACGGCAAGGGAAGUGGAAAUGGAGGUUUCAAACACACACAGUGGAUUAAUGCUCUCUGCUGUCCAACCUUCAGAUGCUAGCUGAUCCACACUCUAUGCUUCACCCAAUUUCUAUUUGAUAAUUCCCUUGUGUUUAUUUUGUUUCUCUUCAGAUGCACUGAUACUUUUCACCCAUUAUGAACUGCUAGCAAGUUCCAGCACCUUGAGUGAAAUUCCUCUUUGAUUAUUAGACUUUUGAAUAUGGCUGCCUGAUUUUGGUCCGUGCACAAGUGAAACAUAUUUAGAACUAUGUUUUCAAACUCUUUUGUAAUUUCCUCUGCCAUUUCUGUAGAAGCAGCUGCAGUUGCCCCCACCUUGUGUAUCUUGGUUGCGAUCAGCAUCAUUCUCACUCCCAUCCCAGGCUUUAAAUGCUGCCUCGUUACUUGAGUUCUGCUCUGUCCCAGCGGUUUGCUGUCAACUGGGAGGGAGACCUUGGAUUCUGACCCCUCUGCGAAUGGAAACAAUGCCCCUGUAAAUACCCACGCAACUAGUCAGCUUGUGGGAAUGCCCUGACCAACUCCUCAAUGCAUUGAAUUCUCAGAACAAACAACCCUUUGGAUUGUAAUGUUUCAAAAAUAGUUCUCACUCUUCAGCCUGAAUUAGUCUUAACCGUGCUGUAAAAACACUAAAUAGAUAGCAGAAGCCAGGACAGCUUAUCUGGCUGUUUGGGCUGAGCUGACCACCAGAGGUUAGUGCUGGUCUAAGCUCAGUUAUUGGCCAAAACCAGGCAGCAGUGCACCAACACAGAGGGCUCCUGGACAAGUGUCAACUAAAUAAACACAAACUGGUAUGUAGAGGAAAGAAUGAUCAGAAUGUACAGCACAUGAAAUCACUUGUCUGUUCCAUUACAGUUCCUGAGGCUCAUUCAGCGCUACUUCUACUUGGUGGAUUGUAGACUUUCACAAGCUCAUUCAGAUACUUCAUUAAUGCCGUCAGGGGUCUGACCACAUACACACAUCUCUCUGGACCAUAAUCCCUUCCCUCAGCAGUACUCUAGUCCUCACUCACGUACAUCAGUACAGGUACCUGUGGUUAUUGGCUGCUCUGCUAAGUGAAGUAGAUCCUUCCCAUUCCCCAACAAGACCUCGUGUCAUUGUAUAUACCUCAGGUCAAUCUUCCCUCAGUGUCUACAGUUCCAAAACAUAACCCAGACCUCUCAGUCUUUCCUUCAAACUAAACGUAGCAUAAAUCUCCCCAAACCCAUGUCACUGCACUGGUGUGGAUCCCAAAGGGCAAGGAGCUGAACAGUGUUGUUGUUGAACUGUCCUUGCUUGUUCCUCACCCCCACAGGGCAAGUGGGAUUGGGGGUAACUGGAGGAAAGUCCUCAACAGGCCACGCUCUAGUGUGGAGAGAGGAAGGUUUCCCCACCAUUGACGUGGAACGUUAACCCUUUCUCGUUCUGUAUCCACGGGCUGUGUGACUCGGCACUUCAUGCUUUCAGCAUCCAUGCUUCUUUGCUUUGGAUCAAUUGUCGGCACCUCUUACUGUAGUGCAGAGUUACUCUGGGCAGUCAUGAAGAGUGACCAGUGUGGAAUCUCACAGUGACCAUUCGCCAACUAUCCCCCAUACAGACGUGUGUGACAUCUUCCAUUCAUUGCCAGUAUUUCAACUGUAAACCAUUAGAUGCAGUGUCAUACCUUCCUAACAAACUUGUGAAAUAUUGUAUAACUUGAACAUAUCGUGUGUGUUAACUGGAAACUGAUAGCAGGAUGUCAGUAAAUCCUUCACAUAUUUAACUGUACCACUGUACUGAUAUAAGAUGCACUGAUCUAUAUUAUAAGCAGCUGAAGUCUUUAAUGUUUCCAUAAUCCUUUCACAUAGCUGCAGUCUAAUUUAUUGUCUAAUAAAAUAAUAUAUUAUUUAACGCAGUGAAGAAGGCCCAGGUGUUUAUUUUGCAUGAGAUCGUGUGCUGUAGGAGAGGCGAGUUCAUUUUGUGACUGUACUUUGGCCAGUUAGACUGGAGGUGAAUGGGCAAUUUCCCCUCUCACCAAACUCUCUGUAUUUCACACACACACACGCGCACACACACACACACACACACACACACACACACACACACACACACACACACACACGGUGGGGAAUAACUGAGUGUGUCUCAUGGCUCUCCAACCAAACGCAGUCACGUUCCAUGCAUAAUUCACAAGUUGAUAUCCUCCACUCAUUUCACCUUCCUGGAGUAUUCACCUUGCUUUUAUUAGGAGUUGGCAUAACUUUAUAUCCUCCACCCUUGGUGUUUUCCGAUGGUGUGCGCUGGACUGUUGCUGUGACUCCGGGUUACAACCGGUCACAUCUCAGCCAGUUGGUUGGCUGAUGCACGAUGUUCAAUACUUUGUUCAGAUCUGAGUCCGUGAGUGUUCCACGAGACCCACACUUCCCCACGUCUGUGUGUGAACUACA